CCAAUUAAUACGCAUGUGUUUAAUAUUUAACAGAAUCCCAUGUUCUGAAGUUCACAUUCAAAGAUUCAGAGAGAGAGAGAGAGAGAGAGAAAGGGUGCUUAUAUCUUGCAGCUUUCUGGCAAACAAACAAGGAUGAACAGAUCAACCACUUAAUCUUUGGACAAAGAAGAAUUAAUGAAGAUUUCCAGGAAGUUUAACUUUUUGGUGAUUGGAAGCAGAUUGUUCCUCAAAUUCGUGGAGACAAUUAUACUUUUCGUUGUGCUUUAUGUGUAACAGUUGAACUGGUUCUGGUUUCUCUUCCGCUUCUGCCUUUCGGGUGAAUAUUCUUCUAAACUUUUUUUUAAAGCAUGGGUGACCACAUUUUGUGUGAAUCCCAUUUCAACCACGAGCAUGUACCUGAAUUGGAAGUUAAAAUGUCAGUCAAGAUUUUUCUGACAAUAUUAUACAGUAUCAUUCUUGUGGCAGGAAUAAUUGGAAAUAGCUUAACCAUAAAGGUCGCACAGGUGCUGCAAAAUAAAGGUUAUCUUCAAAAGAGCGUUGCUGAUCACAUGAUCAGUCUCUCCUGCGCCGAUUUACUUGUUCUAAUACUGGGAAUGCCUGUGGAAUUAUACAGCGUGAUAUGGUAUCCAUUUUCUUCAUCCAGUGGAAACGCAGCCUGUAAGAUUUAUAACUUUGUGUUUGAAACAUGUAGUUAUGCCACAAUGCUGCAUGUUGCUACUUUGAGCUUUGAACGCUACAUUGCUAUUUGUCAUCCGUUCAAGUACAAGUCUGUAUCUGGCUCACGAACCGUGAAGCUGAUUUGCUUUGUCUGGCUGACUUCGUUUUUCAUAGCCUUGCCACUCCUUUUUGCAAUGGGCGUCGAGGAUCCAUUGGAGCCCUUUGAUAGAAAUGGCCACAACUCUCUUCGCAGUCACUGUGAAAACAGAAAGUCAAACCAAACCAUUUGCACCAACCUCAGCUCCAAACAGACGGUCUUUCAGGCAAGCAUUUUCAGCGCCUUCAUUCUGUAUGUGGUGAUUCUCGUCUCAGUUGCAUUUAUGUGUAGAAUGAUGAUGAACACUUUAAUUGGAAUGGAGUGCAAUGACAUGGAUCCUAAAGGUAAAGACCAAUCUAAACAAAGGAGAACAAAAGUAGAAUCAUCAAGAAAACAGAGCAUUAUGUUUUUGGUACUCAUUGUGGUUACCCUGGCUAUAUGUUGGACGCCAUUGCAAAUUCGGCGGAUCAUGGCGGCUUCUAAGGCAAAAUCAGAUUGGACAAUUCAAUAUUUCAGAGCUUUUAUAAUCUUAUUGCCUAUCUCAGAUACUUUCUUUUACCUUAGUUCAGUAUUAAACCCACUGCUGUAUAAUCUGUCCUCGAAGCAGUUCCGAAUGGUUUUCAUGCAAAUCCUGCGCUGUAAGCUUUCCCUGGUGCACCGCAACAUGAAGACAUUAAGCAGACACCACACCAUUCCCAAGGGCAGCACAGCUCAGUCAACAAAAUCACUGCUUCCUGCCUCACUUAAAAACGUCCACCUACACCAGAAAUCCAAUCUGGAUCUUCCAACUUCAAUGCUGCAGGACAUGGACUUUGAGCUUGAACCUACUUCGUGUCAAAACUAUGAGCCUAAAAGGCCAACUCACGUUUCAAGUUCCAAACUGAGGAAAAUUAACUCGGAGCAGCAAACACCAGAAAAUACCUCGGAGCUAUGUCUAAAAGAGCAACCAAAUGGACUCAAUGAAACUGAGAUAUGAAGCUUUUAUAAAACAUAAAUACUUCAAAUAAAACUCACAGAGAAGACUUUCAAAGUGCAGUCAGUGUUACUUUCAAUGAUACAGUACCAUGUAAAAAUUCAAUAAAGCAAAUUAAU